AAUAAAUAUAUAAUUUUUAUAAUAGAAUAAAGAGUUUUUUUAAAUUAAUUAUUAUGGUAAUUUAAUAUAAUUAUUCAACAGCCACCCCUACAAUAACAAUUGUUUUCCCACUCAAACAAAAUACAUUUAUUUUUUUUUUUUUUGUCUUUUUUUUUUUUUUUUUUUUUUUUAAUAAAUCUACUUUGUGAAAAAAAAAAGAAAUAACAACAUCAAAAAAAUUAAUAUAAUAUUUUAUAUAAAUAUUCACACACCUAACACCUACCAACACACACCAACACACAAAUUAAAACAAUAUUCAUUUUUAUAUACCAACAUCACACUCAUUAUAAUAUUUUAUAUCUAUACAAAAAAAAAUAUAUAUUAAUACGCAACCACUAAAUAAACCACCUUCAAAACUCUCAAAAUAUAAAAAUAAAUAUAAUUAUAUUUUAUCAUAUUAAACAAAAUAGUAAUUUUUUUUUUUUUUUGAUUUAAUAUUUUUUAAUUUAAAUAUCACUAUUAUAUCCAUUUAAAUAGUAAUAGGAAAUUAAAUUAUAUUAAUAUAUUUUAAUUCUAAUAUUGUUUUUUUUUAGUAUUAAAAUAAAUUUAAAAAAAAAAAAAAAAAAAAAAAAAAUAACAUCAUUUUUUAUAUUUAAAAUUAUUAUUAAAUAAAUAAUAAUUUAACUCUAUAUUUAUUUAUAUAAUAUAAAAUAAUAAAAAUCGAAAAAUAUUUAUAUAAAUAUCUAUAAAUCGAAUCACAUAUACGAAAUAUAGAAUGAAAAAUAGUACUACAAUCAACGAAGCGCCACCAAUUAAAAAAUGUUAUUGUGAUCCUAGUUUUGAACAGGAAGAGUCGACAUGUAAUCCAGCGGGAUGUAAAACUGUAUCAGCAUUAUUUGUAUUAGGUUUUGCCAUUAUAUUAGUAUUCUGUAUUUAUCGUUUCAAACAACUCAGAAAACGUAAAGAUAAUAGAUGGCCAAUGUUUACACUAUCUCUACUAACGCUAACUUGUAUUGCAAGAAUUGCUAGAUCUGUAUUAUUAUUGAUAGAAGAAAAAAAUUUAAUUAUCAUGGGUUUACUUUUCCUUUUACCAUUGGGUGUAUUAGUUUGCUCUUUUCUUAAUACAUUAUACGUUUGGGUUAAAAUUAUUUUCCAUUUUAACUUUUCAAAAGUUGUUUCAAAGAUUUUCCCAUUUCUAGGCAAAAUCUUUAUAGUAUCUCAAAUAAUUUUAAUGGUUUUACUCAUAAUUAUU